UGUCACGCUCACGAGCACUUUACACGCAUUAUCGUUUAGAAAAGGAUACACAGUAUCAACUGGCGUAAUUUCUUGGAAAUUCCCUUAGUUAAAAUUAUAGAUGUUUGUUAAUCAGUUGAGUAAAAAUCAAUAUAAAACUAAAUGUGAGAUUGUAAAAAAACAAUAAUUGAAUAAUUAUUCUGUCACAUUAAGUCAAGCCUGCGUGAAUCGUGAAUGAAGUAGCAGCUGUCAAAGAACGUGGAAAACAGGUUGCAAGAAGAAAAGUUUAAAAGUUUGGUGAAAAUGUGGAAAUCGUGCUUCAAUUGAAGAGCCAGUGCAGCGGACGAAAAUGUUCGAUUACUUUUAGUGCCUUUGGUUAAAAUGGAUGGUUCAACAGCUGAUUGGGCUGCCAUUCUAAACCGCACGAGAGCUUGAGGAAUCUUCCUCCAGAUUUCACUUGUGGUUUUUUUGGUGAAGAAGUGCGUUCAUUACAUCUUAAUACCUAACAUUCAAAAUGAGGCAAUUUGCCGGUUGAGAAGCGCCUGGAAAAUCGCCUUAACACUUUUCGUUGAACAUGAGUUCUACAUAAGGAAUUAUGGAAUUUUGGGAUAUGGAUGGUCAUCGAGAGACAAGAACUAAUAGACAAAACGUCCAAGGUAGAGAUACAGAGUUUGUAACUGGCAUUGAACACGACGGAAUCGACUUCUCCAUAGAAGAUUUCAUCAACAAUGACGCUUUUGGAGACUUAACUGCCCAUUCGUCUGGAGGCAAAGUCAUCACCGAAACGACACGAAGCAAUAACAACGGUCACUUGUUGCCUGAAAGUCCGCCUGAUUCCAGCUCGGAGUACAGUCCACAAGAUGGGUGCGAACCUGCCCUAAAUGCCUCAGAAACCGUCUACUCCAAUCUGGGAACCAGCAACUAUAAACCAGAGCUGUUGAAUCCCGUUGAUAGUCUCAUUCUGCCGUCGCAAAUUAUCGCUGAUCAGAAUAAUGAGCGCCUUGUCGAUAACAAUGACAUACUACAGGACAGUCAAUUGCUGGGGUCUCACGAUUUAAGGGAUUGCAACAAUAUCCUGAGCAACCGGCUGCUUCAGGAUGGCUUGUCGGGCAAUCAUGGGAUUUUGCUUGCUGACCAUGAACCUGAAAACAAUCGACAAUUACUGAUAUCGAAUGCAUCGGAAACAGGGCCAAUCUACAAUCCGUCCAUGUACGAGCAGAAGGAGUUCAUGGAAGACAAGCACAUGGUCCAUCUCACAUUCACCCCGAAUAUCGACAAUAUUUCGCGUCCUAAUCCCGAAAGUGCAAUGGAUAUCGAAAAUAUCCCCAAUGUCUACACGACGCUACAGGGCCCUUGUAAAAAACGCAAACUCAGCCAGGAAAGCCCUAUGGUAAAACGCGAACCAGACCACACGCCGAUUUCUCAACUGAGCCCAUCUGAGCAGUUCGCAAAUCCCACCGAGGAGGAAUAUGCAUCGUCUGAGGCAUGCCUUUCUGAGCCCCAAUACCAGUGCAUCAGAUUCAGUCCAUUCCAGCAAGCCAAUUGGCACACCUUAUGGGGACAAGAUCUCACCGAAUUAUCAACGCCACACUACAAGGUGGAUGCUGAUAAAGGAUUCAACUUCUCCAAUGCAGAUGAUGCUUUCGUAUGCCAAAAGAAAAACCAUUUCCAAAUAACUUGCCACGUUCGCCUGCUGGGAAAUGCUCAAUUCGUUAAAACUCCGGAAGGCCUGCAGAAGAUUUCCAGCUUCCACUUGCACUUUUACGGCGUCAAACACGAUUGUCCCACUCAAACGAUUCGCGUGGAACAAAGUCAGAGCGAUCGAAGUAAAAAGCCUUUUCAUCCAGUGCUGGUUGAAUUAGUGAACUCCCAAGUGACGAAAGUUACAGUGGGACGAUUGCAUUUCAGCGAAACCACAUCGAACAACAUGCGGAAAAAGGGGAAGCCAAAUCCCGAGCAACGGUACUUUCAGUUAGUAGUGGGCCUUCAUGCACACACAACAGACGGACAUUUUCCGGUUGUAAGCCACGCAAGUCAGAAAAUCAUAGUUAGGGCCUCUAACCCCGGUCAAUUUGAAAGCGACUACAGUGAAAUGUGUUGGCAAAAGGGGCAGUCUCAGGAUUCAGUAUUUCAUAACGGCAAAGUGGGCAUCAACACCGAUAAACCGGACGAGGCUCUAGUUGUACACGGCAACAUAAAAAUCACCGGUCACAUAAUUCAACCCUCCGAUAUCAGGGCAAAAAAGAACAUUGUUAAACUGGAUAGCGGCGAACAGUUGAGGAAUAUGAGCAAAAUAAACAUUUACAAGUACGAUGUAGACCCGGCUCUACAGUUAAGUAGAGGAAAAGAGACUUCGGACACGGGAGUGAUUGCUCAAGAAGUAGCCCUUGUUUUACCGGACGCCGUCAGGCCUUCAGGCGCGCUGGUAUUGGAAAGCGGAAUUAUCGAUGAUUUCCUAGUGGUUAAUAAGGAUAGGAUUUUCAUGGAAAGCGUUGGCGCUGUGCAGGAGUUGGGAAAAGUCACCGAAAACCUGAAAGCCCGGAUAGUCGAGCUGGAGAGGAUUAAUAGGACGCUCAAUAGAAUCAAAAGAGGCGAUAGUUUGAAAUCAGAUAGUACAGUGAAUAGCGCAAAGUAUGCAAAGUACGCAUCCCACUGCAAAUGCUCAAAACGACACACAUGUAAAUACUGCGAGAGGAAAGAUGUGGAAUUAUGUUCAAAUAAGUUUAUACAAGUUGUUAUAGUUAUUCUAGUUCUUAUUAUGGCUCUAUGUUUGGCAGCAAUAACUACCUUAUACUUACUAGGCAAUGUCACGCCUAAACGAUCAAACAUUGAUAACUCGCCAAUAUCCGACAAGAUUUUGUCGACGAAAAAGCCCUUAGUGCAACUGAAAUCGUAUAAAACUGGAACGCAGUUUUCACCGACGAGUAACGUUAAUUCCUAUAGUCGAUUUCAUGAGACGUCUCAAGUGCAGCAGGAAUCCAACCCAAAGCAGCAGUUUUCCCGAAUAAUCGGAAGCCCUAGUGAAUGUGAAGACGUAAACCAAGCUCUGGAAUACGGGUUAUGUCCGCUCUACUGUUGCGCGUCUACUAAUAUCCCUUCAGGCGAUCUUUCUCAGCCCAUCUAUUCGGAAAAACAGCCAAGAAACUUGAACAAAACAGGCGGACAGUCUGCAGAUUUCAAUCAGCAGAUAGCAGCUAUCGCGAAAGAUAGAAGAAACACUAUUUCCAAUGAUAUCGACAAUCUGAGAAGUCCAAGAGUCAAACGAGAGGCACCUGAUAUCAGUAAUGAAUUAUUUGAUGACCCACUAGUAUCCAUAACUAUUCAAGGAAUGAACUUCAGUGUUGUUUUAGAUCAAGAUUAUCUGAAUCAAGACUACUAUAUACCAUACAAUUUUACAUACAACGUUCCUAUAUCCAAAUAUAUGCCAGACGAGCACAUCAAAAUCCUAUUCAGGCUAAACUCUCUAAGAGAUCGGUUUGUUCAGAACUGCGGCAAUGAGGUGAAAUAUCAUCCCUGCUCAGCAAUUUCCCUGAUUAACCAGAACAAUGAGGUGCAUAAGCUGAAUCGGUUUGAUCACACUGUACAUAGAGGCCCGAAUGUAACGGUUUUAGUGGAUAUGGCCGAUCUCCAGUCCAAUUUUGUGACAUAUCGCAUUGGAUCUAACAGUUUUCAAGAGAACCUCUGCAAUCUAACAGACAACAAGUUGGGGGUCGAUUUUAAAGUCUACCAUUUCCAUUUUAAACGAGAUUGUGACGAAUGACUCUCUUCAGACGUACACAAAACUUGUCAGCAAUGUAAUUCCAUAUAUUAUCUGUGUUGUUGAGUGGACAAUUUUGAAAUAGAAGAAUAUAAUAGAUGAGUCAGAAGCCCGUGUUAGAUAGGAAAGGAUAGAGCACUCGAUAUAAAAAUUGGUUGAACAACUAGAAACCUUAAGUUUUUUCCGGAGAAGUCACUCAUGUCUUCAGUUGUUUAAAGUUCACGCUUGUAAAUUUUUUAGCUUAAAUUGCCAAUUGAACAUUUGUCAACUCAACAACAAAAACAUUUUACUAUCGUUUCUCUAUAUGCAUUGUUGUCAGCUUCUAGAAUCUCUAAGAUUAAUAUUAUGAUCUGUAUUAACUCUAUGCAUUCCUAAUAGUCGAACAAAUAUUUUAUUUAUAUUUUAUUUUUAUGAGAUUUCUAUAUUAUAGGGAAUAUUCAGUUAUGAGACUCGUUUUUAGUUUUAAAAAAUCAAAAAAAAUCCCAAUCAAAAGGCUUUCUAUCUAGUAAACGUUGAACAGUUCCAGAGAACAAAAAAAACUUUUCUACGCUUUCUUCUUUUCUAAGCGAAUUUCUACCUUGUUUUCAGCUCGAUCAGUUUUUUAAUUAUAUGUACCUAAGUAUAUUAUUGAUAAUUUGCGGUGUAUAAUAACUAUUGAUACAAAAUAAGUCAUAAUCAACAGAUUAGCUCCUGUUUAGGUUCUAGUAAUGGUAGUUAAGAGUAAGUUGCAAUAAGAAUCAACUCUAGCACCUAAAUUGCGAUUGAAAACUGGUAUGUAAAAACACGACUUUAUUGUAUAAAUAUAUGAAAGUAACUCGUUCAUUUUUAAGGCAAAGCUAGGGAAUUAAAGGUAAUAUAUUUCGUAUUAGUAUGAA